GUUGACCAUACUUGGCCAUUUCCCAAGGGCCUCAGCCCAAGACUGAGACUGAUGGGGAGCGGUUUCUGCUGACAUCAUUCCCCAGGGUGCCUAGGCAUCACUGCUAGCCAAGUUAGCCCACCCGAAGAUGGCCUGUGCCCACCCUGGGAUGCAGCCCAGUGCCUGAGGUCCUUACCAUGGUGAUGACCCUGAGAAGAAGCCUCGCCACCCAGGGAUCUGACUCCGUAGCACGCAGGACCUUCAGCCCUGAACUGCACACGCCAAAGAAGAUGAGUCAAGGACCUACCCUUCUCUCUUGUGGAAUUAUGGAAAAUGACAGAUGGCGAGACCUGGACAGAAAAUGCCCUCUUCAGAUCGAGCAGCCGAGCACCAGCAUCUGGGAAUGUCUGCCUGACAAGUGUCAGGAUGGCUCCCUGUGGCACCAGGAGGCAGUGACUGCCUGUGCAGUGACCAGCCUGAUCAAAGACCUCAGCAUCAGUGACCAUAAUGGGAAUCCCUCAGCUCCCCCCAGCAAGCGCCAGUGCCGGUCACUGUCCUUCUCUGAUGAGAUGUCCAGCUGCCGGACGUCAUGGCGGCCCUUGGGGUCCAAAGUCUGGACUCCUGUGGAGAAGAGAAGGUGCUACAGUGGGGGCAGCGUCCAGCGCUACUCCAAUGGCGUCAGCCCCAUGCAGAGGAGCUCCAGCUUCAGCCUCCCUGCCCGAGCCAAUGGGCUCUCCUCACCUUGUCACCAGUCGGGCCUGCACCACCGCUUUGGGGGACAGCCCUGCCAAGGAGCACCAGGCUCGGCCCCCUGUGGACAGGUGGGCGACACCUGGAGUCCUGACCCAUACCCUGUCGGGGGGGCUCGGCUGGACCUGCAGAGGUCCCUCUCCUGUUCACACGAGCAGUUUUCCUUCCUGGAAUACUGCCCCCCCUCAGCCAACAGCACACCUGCCUCAACGCCAGAGCUGGCCAGACGCUCCAGUGGGCUUGCCCGCAGCCGCUCCCAGCCGUGUGUCCUUAAUGACAAGAAGGUUGGCGUGAAGCGACGCCGUCCCGUCGAGGUGCAGGAGCAAAGGCCUUCUCUAGACCUUGCCAAGAUGGCACAGAACUGUCAGACCUUCAGCAGCCUCAGCUGCCUGAGCACGGGGGUGGAGGACCAGAGCCCCCAGAGCCCCUUUGCCCUCGUCAGUGCCACCCGAUCCUGGACCGCGUUGCUCUCAGCCUCAGCCUCCAGCCCAGGGGGCAGGACCCCUGCUGGGACCCCAGUUCCUGAGCCUCUUCCCCACUCCUUCGACGACCACUUCACCUGCCAGGAGGAUCUGUCCUGUGAGGAGUCUGACAGCUGCACCCUGGAUGAGGACUGCUGUAGGAAAGGGGAGCCGGCCACAGCCUGGCGGGACUGCGGGGCCUGCACGAACAGCCUCUGCUCUCUGGAUGGCGAGCUGGACAUUGAGCAGAUAGAGAACAACUGAGGGGCCCUGCGCCCUGGCCCAGGGAGGGGGGCUUUGCAGUGGAUGGGCCUCCCCCUGGAGCCUAGGUGGGCACUGUACAGGGGAGCCUGGCUCCUGGGUCUGGCAAAAGCUUCCAAGAAGGAGCCCACCCACCUCCCAGGGAGCAGUUGUCACCCUGCAGUACCCAGGCUCUGUGAAGGGGAACAACUGGCUUCCUGCCAGGUCCAUGGAACUACUGUAGCCCAAGAGCAGCUUUUUGGUUUGGUCUCCUCUUUGUUCUUUGUGGAGUGUUGGUAGCUAUUCCCCACUGAGGCUGGGCCAUUCUGCAUCCAUCAAGUGGGAUGCUAGAGGCCUGGGUCCUCCAUGGCCUCGCUCAGGUUCAUUCUGGGGAGUCGCCCCAAAUUCCUUUCCCUUAGUUUACUCCGUGCCUUCUCUCCCAGGUCUCCCCGCCCCAGGCUUGGGAAGGUUCGGGAGACACCUCUUGCAGUGACACCAGACCGUGUGGCCUUAACUCACGUGGGGUACUGGCAGAGCUUCUAGGGUAAGCCGUGUCCCAUUUCUCGGGGCCAGGGGAUAGCUCAGGGCCGUCCAGAGGCCGUCCACACUGGGUAGAGAUUUGGAGGUUGUAUUGGCUGAAAGGCGAACCCAUCAGUCUCUCUCAUGGCCACCCACCUCUUGGCCAACCCAGGGCUGCCUUGGUAAGGUUGGCAAUGGCAGCCCUCUUGCCCCCAGUCCCUGUGGGCUAAACUUGGUGGAUUCAGCUGAGUGUAGAGAUGUCAGCGACAUCUUCUCAGUGUCCUCAGGAGCUACAAGCAGGUGCACGCAUCUCGGCAUUGGGGCAGAGGGCAUCUGCAGCAGGCCACCCUGGCUUUAUGGUGACCUAGGCUGGGGGCCUCCAAGUCUCAGCAGCACUUCCAGCACAUUCUUGCUUGUUCACAGGCACUGCUGGCUCUAAUGAGAGCACCACCAUCCACUUCAGCGCUCCUCACCCCACUGUGUGCUGAGGGGAGGGCGGCCCCAGGGGCCUCUUCCCUCAGCAGGCCCAGCCACAGCACGGCUUACACUCACCCUCGCAGCUCCUGAGUCCCAGCACAGCCCUCAGAGGGCACCCAUUCAGGCGGCUCCCCAAGCCCUUCCUGCAGACGUGCCACGGGACACUACUCUGGGAACCUGGCUUUUAGCAAACUUGGCGUCUUCCGCAGAUGGUAGCAAGUGGGCUGGCCUACACGAGUGGCUUGUUUUCCCAUAAGGUUAAAAAGAACUAGUGCAUCCUCCUGAGUUCAUGGACAUGUGAUCUUGGCACCUUUAUAGGCACCUUGCUGUGCCCAGCCUCUGUGGUUUCACCUUCUGCUGGUUAAGCUCAAAUGGUGGUUGUCCCUUUUGUCUAAAAACCUUGAGAAGCUUUUGUUUAAAUGUGUUAAGGCACCAAAAAGGCCAAGGCUCAACUUCUGAUGUAUAGGUAGUGCUUCUUUAAAUCAGCCCCAAAAGAUGCAGGAAGCCCCACUCCUGUGGAACACAGAGAUGUACGUAGCCCCGGGUUGGGCAGUAUGCAGUAUGGAGAAUGUGCAGGAGGUUGGGGGACACACAGCUGGCCUCAGAGGUACUGGAAAGCCAAAGCAGAGAACUAGCGAAGGCACAGUGUGGGACAGUGGGCCAUGAGGCCAUGCCUUCAGACUCAGCAAACCUGGAGAGGGGUAAUUGGGGGCAUGGAGACCAUCCAGUAGUGCCCUGUUCCCCAGAAAGCCCAGGAGGCCUCUCCUUAGGACCAGACAAGGGGCUUCUGGUAGUAGGUACAAAGUCAGGGCUGCUGUGUGGGUGACCUGCCCUCAGACCAUGUCCCCUCAAGCCUGGUGGCAGGAUGAACAGGAACUCGAUGAGUCACAGCCUCAUCUCUCCCUCUCUCUAGGGCACUAUCCCCUUGACAGAAACGCUCCAAGUCUAGGCCAGGGGUUGGUUCUUUCCAGUUUCCUCAGGCCCCUCUGGACUGACCCUGUCCCACCAAAACCUCUAGGCCAAGCCUGCGGCAGCAGUUAGAAGAGAUGGCGGUCGCUUUUCUGCCUAGAGAAAGAAAUGAUCUUCAUUUGCCUUUUGGUGGACUUUUCAGUGGGCAGAGCAGGUCUCACCUAGAAGGUGCCUUCGCCAUCUCUCAGCAGCCAUGCCACACAGAGAGGCCCAUUUCUCUGCUCUACUCACUGGCCCCAGGACCUUUGAACAUGGAGAAGAGCUCACUCAGGAGGUUUCCUCUGGCCCCAUGUACUUAGCAUCAUGACAACAGCAAGGUCCUUGCUUUUGCCAGCCUGUCUGUGAGUCCCAUCCCUCACAGAAGCCUGUCUGUGGGUCCCAUCCCUCACAGAAGCCUGGCCACCCACUUGUCCCAGGGGGCCUGAAGGUCUAGAGCAAGGUAUGGCUCCAUCAAAGCAGAGUGGGGAAGAGGGUCUCCUGUCACAUGUCAUCCCCGCUCAUUCCAAAAGCCAUUGAACUGGCAGGAGGGGUCUGGCCUGGGUUCCAGGCAGCAGCCUAGCCGUUUACAUGAACGCCCACUCUUGCCUUACUCCUGGGCAGUGGAGGCAGAGCCUAGCUAGUGCCCGUUGGCUCCCUCACAUGCGGCCCAAGGACCUUGUUCUGACGUACACGAAGAUGUGCAUUCUCAGAAAGCCUUACUUUCCAACAAAAUUUUUGUAGCAAAAGUUUUGUGAAUUUGUAUGCUGAAAGAACAGCUAAAUAAAGGAAAAGUCCACAUUAAACAGGAAACAGCCCCCUCCAAAUUACCAGAUGGGUAUGCUUUUCCACAGGCUCAUGCUGGGCUUGCCUGUCUGAGCAAGGCUCAUAGCAAUUAAAACUUACCCCUGGAUCCUGUACCCCAUUUCCACCAAGGUGGUUAAAGUCAUUUGAAUGAUAGCCACUUAAAAUAAAGUCAGGCUCCAGGGCUCAGGGACCCCUGCCUGGGCACUCUGCCCGUGUAGGUCAUAAUGCUGCCCCCUCUCUGCCUCAUCCGCACUGCUGGUCAGACUUCCCCUUGGCACUAGGUAGAGAAAACCAGGCCUCUUAAGGAGAGAAGAGAAAGAGGUUAAGAUUACAGACCCAAGUGAAGCAGCUUUCAUAGCCUAGGUAGGAUAGUCUGACCCACUAGCAGAGUCUCAUUGGCAAAUGAAUUGUGUUGUCAGUGUGUCAGGAGACUCCCAAGGCUUGGGGACAGAUGGCCUUCAGGCUGGGCUAGGGCCAUGUGUGAUGAGCCAGGCCCCCAACCAGACAGUGGUCUCGGAGUAGAUGGUGCAGGGUCUUUCCACUAGUGCUGCCCACCACAACCUAUCCUCCCACGCAGGCCAUGACUGUCUUGCACUAGAGCCGCUCUAGUCUCAGGAAUUUGCUUGUUACCUUUACUGUGUAAAUAAAGCUUCCUGGUUCAACACCUGG